AUGACAACGGACACUGCAACUGUUCCUAAUGAAGUUGAAGAGGAAAAUGAGGCCGCCGAAUCAACAGAUUCUUCGAUUCCACCAGAUACGCUUAAUUCAUGUGAGGCACUCGAUGCAACACCAACGCAAAAUAGGACUAUCCGGCGUCGUCUCAACCCACCAGAAUUACAAAUUGCCAGCAAACAAAUGUCUGAGGCAUUUAACAAUUUAAAUAAAAUGAUUAACAAGCAAGAUGUUGUUGAAGAUGAGUGUGACAUAUUUGGCAAACUGAUUGCCAAAAAAUUAAAAAAGAUACCUGAACAUGAAAGGGAAGAAAUAAUGUUCGACAUUCAUGCCUUAUUUCGAAGACCACGUAGUUUUGAAAGAUCAUCUGUUGAUUCAUUACGUUCCCCUACACCAACUUGUAGAAAUUAUCCUAAUGUCACAAUGACUUCUCCCAGGCCACACUCAUCAUUUUCAGAGCCUCACAACUCAUUUGUACCAUUUUCCGAUGGAACUGACGGAAGACAAUACAUGUUACAUAUCCCGGAAACAAAUGAAAAUACUUUCCUUAAUGAAAAAUCUUCAAUGGUUCACAUUAUAAGGGAUGAAGUUGUUAGGCCAGCCGAUAAAAUUUCUUCGGUAACCAGCCCAACUACAAUCCAAACUCGAUUCGUCCCCUACCAAACGUCUUCUAUGAAUAAUAUAAUAAAUCAAGCAUACUAUAAGUCUGAAUAA